AUAACUACGAGUAUAAUCAUAAUUAUCAAUUUUGUAACAGAAAAAAUAAAAACAAACAUAUGCCCGAGGUAUAAUCCCUGUUUCCGUUUAAACAAAGUCUAAUUUUUGCCAUUUUCAACUUCCUCCAAUUCAUCAAUCAGGGAGAGGUUAAUCAUGGCAACUGCAACAAUGGCUACUGCAGCAGGUGCAGCAGCUCUUUUAUACUAUACGUUGAAUAGGAAAUUACAGACUCAAACCACAGUUGAUGAAGAUGGUGAAGAAAGUGGUAGUGAUGCGCCGACUGACAUGCGGUUCCGUGUUACUCAUAGGUUAAUUCAAGCCCCUGCUACAUGGUUGGAGACAAUUUCAACAUUGUCUGAAACUCUUAGGUUUACGUAUUCGGAGACACUUGGCAAAUGGCCUAUUGGGGAUUUGGCAUUUGGUAUUAGCUUUCUUCUCAAGAGGCAGGGAAACUAUCACGUUGACAGUGUAUUUGGUGGUAAUGAAAGUGUACAGCUGAAAGGAUCCGAGAUUACUGCUGAACUUAAGUAUCUGUUAAAUUUGCUGACUCUGUGUUGGCAUUUUUCAAAGAAGCCCUUUCCCUUAUUUCUAGAAGAAACUGGCUACCCUGAUGAGAAUGUUCUUCUUCGGGAACCGAAAGCUGGGAUUUUGAAACCGGCUUUUACAAUCAUAGUUGAUCACAAGAUGAGGUGUUUUUUGUUGCUGAUUCGUGGCACACAUAGUAUUAAGGAUACUCUAACAGCUGUUACCGGAAGUGUGGUACCAUUUCAUCACACUGUAGUUCAUCAAGGGGGUGUUAGUGAUCUGGUUUUAGGUUAUGCACAUUGUGGAAUGGUAGCUGCUGCACGUUGGAUUGCAAAGCUUGCAACUCCUUGUCUCCUUGAUGCACUUGGCCAAUACCCAGACUAUGAAGUUAAGAUUGUAGGACACUCUUUGGGUGGAGGCACAGCAGCAAUUCUAACGUAUGUAUUACGAGAGCAAAAGGAACUGUCUGUGACUACAUGUGUUACAUUUGCUCCAGCUGCUUGUAUGACAUGGGAGUUGGCAGAGUCAGGCAAUAGUUUUAUUACUUCUAUCAUAAAUGGAGCUGAUUUGGUGCCUACAUUUUCAGCUGCAUCUGUAGAUGACUUGCGUACUGAGGUGACAGCAUCAGCAUGGAUAAAUGACUUGAGGAAUCAGAUUGAGCAAACAAGAAUACUUAGUACUGUUUAUCGUUCUGCCUCAGCACUGGGUUCUCGCCUCCCAUCUAUUGCCAGUGCUAGAGCAAGAGUUGCUGGAGCUGGGGCUAUGUUGCAGCCAGUUUCUAAUGGUACCCAGGUUGUGAUGAAAAGGGCCAAGAGUAUGGCUCAGGCAGCAUGGACACGUCCAAACCUUAACUUGACCUCUUGGUCAUGCAUGGGACCUCGUCGCCGAGCGACAGGUGCUCAUUUCAAAGAAGAAGGAAGUUCCCCUAGAUCUCCAGCCUCCGACAAUGCAGAGAGUUCUGAUUCACUUCUUUGUUCAUCGCCCAGGAAGGGGAUAAACGCCAAGAGCAUGAACCUUCCUGUAUCUUCAUCUGUAGACGAAUGGACAUCUGAAAUUGAAUGUGCAAAUGAAAGUAAUGCAGAUGCCGAGGUGGACGAUGAUCUCCUUCUCAGUGAGAACACGAUGGACCAUGACAGAUACGAGGAUCAGAUGAGUGAAGUGGAGUUGUGGCAACAACUAGAGCAUGAACUGUAUGACAGACCUGAAGGUGAGGAAGCUGACGUGGCUAAGGAGAUAAGGGAAGAAGAGGAAGCAGCCGAAACCGAGGUAGUCGGGCAAACCCGUAACAGCUCUGCACUAGAAACUAAAGAAGUUCACAGAUUUUUCCCUCCAGGAAAGAUAAUGCACAUCGUUACUCUCCACUCUGAUUCUACCGAGCUUGAAAGUGAUGGCAGCCCGACCUCUUCUACAAGUUCGGAUGAUAGCCAGCUGGAUGAGACUAAGAUAGGGAUUUUCCUAACUUCAAGGUCUUUAUAUAGUAAACUCAGACUUUCACAGACCAUGAUCAGUGAUCACUUCAUGCCGGUAUAUAGAAAGCAGAUUGAAAGGCUAAUUAAAGAACUUGAGGAAGAAUCUAAUGAGGAUCAUAGAACAAAAGAAGUAAUGUUAUAGUCAAAGGCAUGAUCACUCUUAGAUUUAUAUGUUUGUACCAUACAUGUCAUUGGGAGUUUUUUGUCCCAUUGAUUGCGCGGAACUAAGUCUCAUAGGAACAGCAGUUUUUGUGUUGUGCUGCAGUGAGGAGCUGAAAUGGUUGGUGAUUUCUGCCGCCUAAUAUACUGAUAGUGAUGGUCACUCUUAUACUCAUCCCCGGAUGCUUUAAUAUCGAUGUUCGUCGGGGACAGCUAAUUGUAAAUGGAUUCCCGAUUCGAAGUUGUUUGUAAAUAAUAAUAAAAAUAAUGAUGUGAUAAACUGAGCUGUAAAAGGUUAAAAUGACUCGUUAUCUAAAUGAAAUUAUUUGCUCUCUAUUAAAAA